AACCUCUCAACCUCCUAUAUAUACCCACCUCCAAAACCCUUCAACUUUUCUCCAUACUUUCUGUUCUGUAAACUUGCUUUUUUGGCGGAGAGCUUCUGGCUACUUUCUUCUAGCAAGAACCUUCAUCUUUUUCUUCUUACGCUUUCUGUUUAUGAUGCCAAGUGCAAAUCCUGACCCAUCUGAUAAGGACGCAGAGCCAUUUGUGGAGGUUGAUCCUACCGGCAGGUAUGGCCGGUACAGUGAAUUGCUCGGCUGUGGUGCUGUUAAAAAAGUUUACCGUGCAUUUGAUCAAGAAGAAGGCAUAGAGGUGGCAUGGAACCAAGUCAAGCUGAGGAAUUUUUCCAAUGAUCCAGCCAUGAUUGACAGGCUCUACUCUGAGGUUAAACUCCUGAGAAACUUAACCAGCAAGAAUAUCAUCUCUUUGUACAAGGUAUGGAGAGAUGAUGUGCACAACCAUCUGAAUUUCAUCACUGAGGUUUGUACUUCUGGGAAUUUGAGGGAGUACAGGAAGAAGCACAGACAUGUUUCUAUGAAGGCUUUGAAAAAGUGGUCAAAGCAGAUUUUGAAGGGUUUGGACUAUUUGCAUACCCAUGAGCCUUGUAUCAUUCAUAGGGAUCUCAAUUGUAGCAAUGUCUUUGUCAAUGGCAAUACUGGUCAGGUCAAGAUUGGUGAUCUGGGUUUGGCUGCUGUAACUGGAAAGAGUCACAUAGCGCAUUCAAUUCUAGGCACCCCAGAGUUUAUGGCACCGGAGCUCUACGAUGAAGACUACACAGAAUUGGUUGACAUAUACUCAUUCGGAAUGUGUGUGUUGGAGAUGGUAACAGUGGAAAUUCCCUACAGUGAAUGUGACAGUGUAGCCAAGAUAUACAAAAAGGUAUCAUCUGGAGUGAGACCUCAGGCUUUGAGCAAAGUUAGGGAUCCAGAGGUGAAGGCAUUCAUCGAGAAGUGCCUUGCUCAGCCGCGUGCAAGACCCUCUGCAUCCGAGCUUCUGAAAGAUCCCUUCUUUGAUGGAAUUGAUAAUGACGAAAACUAAUGAUGCUGAUGAUGACGACAACUAAAGAAGAUAGUGCUUGUUAAUGAUCUAAGGAUCACAGAUUAUAUGAAUGGCAAAAACCAGCCGAAUAUGUUUUUUUUUUUUUACUUUUCCCAUUUGUUUUUUUUUCUUAAUCAGUAGUCUAAUGAAUAUUAUCUGGGGAUUUUAAGGUGAUGGCAUUCAUUUUUUUUUUUUGUUAUUACCUUUUCUUUUUUCUCUUUCAAAAAAGAGAAAUAUUCGAUAAGUUUGAAGUCCAGGAAGAAUUUGGAUUGUAUAGUUGUGUGGGGGAUUUUGUUGAAUCUGUACAUAGAAACUUUCUACAAAAAUAUUCAAUAUUAUUAUUUUACGGUUGAAGAUUA